AUGAUGAACGCGAAGGACUCGAGCAUCCCGGUGCACGUGGAGGAGGCGAUACACGCGUUCGUGGCCAAGAUGGGCAUGCGCGAGCCCGAGCUGGCCGUCUCGAGCGGAUCGCGCAACGGCGACAGCUACUCCGGCGACGUGUACCGGAUCGUCGUCACGCCCGGCAGCCGGGACAUUGAGGACUUCGAGAACAACAACAACAGCAGCAACAACAACAACAACAACAACAACAAUAACAAUAACAACAACAACAACAACAACAGCAAUGGUACUAAUGGUCACCAUCCGAGCGACGGUGAUGAUGCAGGACUAAUUAUCAACGGACUACCGAAGGCGAUCAGCGUGAUCGCGAAGGUGGCGCCGACCACAUCCCUGCGCCGAUCGCUCUACAACAGCUCGGCGCACUUUCAGCGCGAAAAGUACGUGUUCGACAUGGUCCUGCCGAUGUUCGAAGCGUUUCAGAAAACGUGCGGUCUGCACUCGGCGAAACGCUUCGCCCACUAUCCGAGCGUCAUCCGGUCCGAGUGCUGCGAGGGCUACGAGUACAUCCUGCAGCGUGACCUGAUGUCGCAGGGCUACCGCAACUUCCCGCGCACGGAACCGCUGGCGUACGACGACGUGCUGCUGGUGCUGACCCAUCUGGCCCAGUUCCACGCCAUCUCGUUCGCGAUGCAGCAGCAGGCGCCCGAGGUGUACGCGACGAUCGUGGCCCAGCUGCAGGAGACGAUCUUCGUGCCGCCACUGCACAGUUCGUUCGUCGAUUUCCUGCAGCGCAAGGUGGACUACGCCAUCGAGACGCUGCGGCAUAGUCCGGAGGCGGGCGACGGUGCCGUCGGCGAGCGGCUCUGCCGGUUCCGGGACGAGUACGGCCAGGCGAUGAUCGACUGCGUCCAGAACCGGGACGAUACGGUGAUCUGCCACGGAGACUGCUGGAUCAGCAACAUUCUUUAUCGACCCAAUCCCUCACACCGAAAUGGUACCGAAGACGGUCUCAAUAACAACAACAACAACAACCACAGCCUCAGCCACCAUCAACACUUCCAGAACGCCAAAGAGCUCAAGUUUCUCGACUGGCAGGUGGCCCGCAGCGGCACGCCGGCCAUCGAUCUGUCCUACUUUAUCUUCUGCUGUACCGACAGUGAGCUGCGCGAGCGACUUCCGGAACUGCUGCGCAAGUACCACAGCGCGCUGGUGCGCCGCAUGGAGGAGCUGGGCAUCAGCAAUGGCCGCGAGCUGUUUCCGUUCGAGCGGCUGCAGAUGCACAUGAAAAAGUAUGCCCGCUUCGGUUUCGGUAUGGCACUGAUGACGCUUCACUCGACCUGCUGCGUCGAGAAGGACCUGCCGAAUGUUUCCGCCGCCCUCGAGACGACGGAACUGGUCGACAUCGACAAGCUUGCCAAGGAUAUGCUCUACAAUCCGGCCUACAUCAAGCGGAUGUCCGGCGUUUGCCGAGACAUGGUCCGCCUCGGGUACCUCUGAGCCAUGUAGAGGCCUUCCGAGGUCACCGUUUAAAAGACACACACACACCUCUCUCUUCCUCCGUCUCUCUCUAUGUCUCUCCGUCUAGCAUCCGGUUCAUGGCAUACCAGAGCCCGCCUCGUCGACCCUCCCCCGGCGACCAUCGCCGUUUAGAGAUAUUAAGGUAGUACUUAAGGUGUAGCGAUAAGAGAGGUUGUCUUCUGCAGUAUUCUGGGACGUUGUUACGCCAUUACCAUUUGGCUCAAGUAGUUCAGUAUU